UAUUCGCUGAAAAUUCAACUAGUGUUGCAGUGAAUUUUCAAUUUCAAGUGUAAAUUCUACGAUAAAACGUGAUGAAUUUUUUUUUAAUUGUGUUACUGACGAUAUGGUUCGCCAUAGUUUUCGCGAAAGUGGCUAAAUGGCUCAGCGAGUAUUAUAAAUUUGUCACUACCAUCAAUAAAAUUCCGGGACCAAAGGCUCAUCCUAUAGUGGGGAAUGCGCUGACGUUUAUUAGGGUCGAUCGCAAAGAUCGCUUGAAACUGUCACGUGAUCUGUGCGGGCGGUAUCAUGUGGAAGGAGUAUUUCGCAUUUGGUUUGGAACUACAGCCAACGUUUAUUUUAUUUCGCCAGAAACUGUCAGCGUGAUUUUGCGCAGCAAGACGCUCAUUACGAAAUCAGAAAUUUACAGUUUCAUUCAACCGUGGCUGGGUACAGGACUGAUAACUUCUACAGGGGAAACGUGGCAUCAGCACAGAAAAUUGAUCACCCCAACGUUUCAUUUCAAUAUAUUGGAGGAAUAUUCAGUGGUGAUGUUUGAGAAGGCGGAAGUUUUGAAAAAAUGCAUCGAGACAGAGCUAAAAAGGAAUCCAGAAGAACCGAUCGAUAUGUAUGUUUUUGUAACAAAAUGUGCACUGGAUAUAAUCUGUGAAGCAGCAAUGGGGGUCAACAUCAAUGUUAAAAAAGACGAAAAUUUGGCAUAUUCCACAGCUAUAGAACGAAUUAGCAGCCAUGCUAUAGAACGGCUUUUCCGACCUUGGCUACACAAUGACUGGUUAUACUAUCAAACUCAGCGUGGAAAAGAAUUCCAGCAUCUUGUCGAAACGGCACACAAAUUUACAAAUAAGGUAAUAAGUGAAAAGAAGAUGGCCCAGAAAAUCCCUCGUCAAAAUAAUCCCGAUGAAAACUACAAAUUCGAGAAACCAAAAAGACAGGCAUUUUUAGAUCACUUGUUAGAUGCGUGCGAGCGUGAAAAGAUGCCUCUCACUGACGACGAGUUACGACAGGAGGUUGACACGUUUCUAUUUGCAGGUCACGAUACGUCGGCUGCAACUAUGGGUUGGGCCUUGUUCUGUAUCGGGAAUAAUCCGGAAGUCCAAGAGAAAAUCCACGAGGAGCAUUUCCGCAUCUUCGGUGACUCGAAGGAACCAGCCACGCUUCAACAAAUUAACGAACUCAGAUACCUUGAAAGGGUGAUUAAGGAAACAUUGAGACUAUUUCCUGCCGUGCCGUCGGUGAGUCGAAAGAUAACCGAAGACACGGAAAUUGCUGGAUACAAAGUGCUUAAGGGAUCCCUCGCUUCCAUUUUGAUACACUACGUUCACCGGCAUCCGAACCAUUGGCCGAAUCCGGAUAAAUUCGAUCCGGACAGAUUUUUACCGGAGAAUUCUCAAGGGCGACAUCCAUACGCGUACAUACCCUUCAGUGCCGGACCGAGAAACUGUAUUGGACAAAAGUUCUCUCUCUUGGAACAAAAGAUUGUAUUAACUGCGAUAUUAAGAGAGUGGAAAGUCAAGAGCGCUCUGAAAUAUGAGGAGGCGAAGUGCUAUAAUGAUUUCAUUCUAAGGCCACAAGAUGGAAUCAAGAUUCACUUUACCCGCAAGCAAUAGGGAUGAAUUUCACA